AAGGAAAAAAAAAAAGAGAGAGAGCUUUUUUUUUUAAAUCGCUUUUCCGCAGUCAUCUCCUCGUCCAAACUUCCUGACAUCGGCUCCGGCCCUCCCUCCCCUUCCGACGGCCGCGCUGCGCCUCCUCGGAGCCCGGGCCGGGCGGCGGGGCGCCCCGCGGCGAGGAUGGUGCUGCGGGCCGCGGCGCUGGCGCUGCACGCCUGCCUGCUGGCCGCUCUGCACCCCAGCGACCCCAACGUCUGCAGCUACUGGGAGAGCUUCACGGUGGCGGUGAAGGAGUCCUACGCCAAGCCCCACGUCGUGCUCUCUGCGGAGCCCUGCACCGGGGCGCUGGGGCUCCCCCAGUCCUGCCCACAGCAAAAGAUCGCCUACCGGACAGCGUACCGGCAGGCGGUGCGGACCGACUACCGGCGGCGGUACCAGUGCUGCCUCGGCUACUACGAGAGCCAGGAUGCCUGCGUCCCCCGCUGCACCCACGAGUGCGUCCACGGCCGCUGCGUGGCUCCCGACCGCUGCCAGUGCGAGCCGGGCUGGCGAGGCGCCGACUGCUCCAGCCAGUGCGAGGAGCAGCGGUGGGGCCGUGGCUGCGAGCACCGCUGCGCCUGCCACCACGGGGCCCCCUGCGACCCGCUGAGCGGGGCCUGCGCCUGCCCGCCGGGCUACGCCGACCCGCUGUGCCGCCAGCCCUGCCCGCCGGGCGCCUACGGCCCCGGCUGCCGCCUGCCCUGCGCCUGCCACGCCGGCGCCGCCUGCAACGCCUCCACCGGCGCCUGCCUCUGCCCGCCGGAGCUCGCCGGCCCCGCCUGUGACGUGCCCUGCCCCAACGGCACCCACGGGAUGUCCUGCGCCAGCGCCUGCCCCUGCCAGCAUGGGGGCAUCUGCCAUCCGCAGGGCUCCAGCACCUGCCUCUGCCCCCCCGGGUGGAUGGGGGAGAUCUGCUCCACGCCGUGCCCCCCCGGGCGCUUCGGGCCCGGCUGCCGGGGCGAAUGCCGCUGCCACAACGGCGGGAGCUGCGACCCCCUCGACGGGCAGUGCCAGUGCGCGCCGGGCUUCACCGGGGAGCAGUGCCGGGAGCGGUGCCCCGUGGGGAAGUACGGGCAGGACUGCCGGGAGAGCUGCGACUGCGCCAACGGGGGCCAGUGCUUCCACGUCGACGGCGCCUGCCUGUGCGAGGCCGGCUUCCAGGGGGGCCGCUGCGAGGAGCGCCGGUGCCUGGACGGGCUCUACGGCCUCCGCUGCGAGAACCGCUGCCUCUGCCACCCCCAGCACAGCCAGAGCUGCCACCCGCUGCUCGGCGAGUGCCUGUGCCGCCCGGGCUGGGCCGGGCUCUUCUGCAACGAGAGCUGCCCGCCGGGCUCCUUCGGCGCCGGCUGCCUGCAGCCCUGCCUCUGCCUCAACGGGGGCACCUGCGACGGGGCCACGGGGCGCUGCCACUGCCCCCCCGGCUACACGGACGAGCACUGCUCCUCGCCGUGCCCCGCCGACACGUUCGGGCCGAGCUGCUCGGGGCGCUGCUCCUGCCGCAACGCCGUGGCCUGCUCCCCGCUCGACGGCGCCUGCUUCUGCAAGGAAGGCUGGCGCGGCCCCGACUGCUCCGAGCCCUGCGCCGCCGGCACCUGGGGUCCCGGCUGCAACCGGAGCUGCGAGUGCGCCCACGGGGCCGCCUGCAGCCCCCGCAGCGGCACGUGCAGCUGCGCCGCGGGCUGGCGCGGCCCCCGCUGCCGGCAGCCCUGCCCGGACGGCACCUUCGGCCCCGGCUGCAGCCGGCGAUGCUCCUGCGCCCACGCGGCCGGCUGCGACCCCGUCUCCGGCGCCUGCCGCUGCCUGCCGGGAUGGACAGGGCCGCAGUGCGAGCGGAGCUGCGAGCCGGGCUUCUGGGGCCAGAACUGCAGCCAGCCCUGCGCCUGCCGCAACGGAGCCGCCUGCUCGCCCCAGGACGGCUCCUGCACCUGCGCCCCGGGCUACCGCGGCCCCGCGUGCCAGCGCCCCUGCCAGCCGGGACGCUACGGGAAGAAGUGCGCGCUGGCGUGCUCCUGCGCCAACCACUCCUCCUGCCACCCCGCCGACGGCUCCUGCCGCUGCGCCCCGGGCUGGACCGGCGGCGACUGCUCCCGGCCGUGCCCCCCCGGCACCUUCGGGCUCCAGUGCGGCCAGCUCUGCGAGUGUCCCCCCAACGCCACGUGCCACCCGGCCAGCGGGACGUGCCAGUGCGCCCCGGGCAGGAUCGGGCCCCGCUGCGAGCCUGCGAGCCCGGAGCAGCCCUACACCAUGGUGCCGGCGCCGCCGGCAGCCUCCAGCUCCCUGGGGCUGGUGCUCGGCAUGGUGGCCCUGGUCGCCUCGCUGGUGGCCGCGGUGGCCGCGGCCACCUGCUACCGCCUCCAGCAGAAGGGCAAGGAGAGCCAGCAGCUGGCGGUGGCCUACGCGGCGGGGCGGCCCGACGCCUCCGCGUACGCGGUGCCAGACGUGCCGCCGGCCCCCGCGCACUAUUACUCCAACCCCAGCUACCACACGCUGUCCCAGUGCACCCUGCCCGCUCCGGACGGAGCCGAGUCCCGCCAGGUGCCCGGCGGGCAGCUCUUUGCCGCGGCGGAGAGGCCCCACGGCGCCGAAGGCAACGCCACGCUGCCCCCGGACUGGAAGCACCACGGAGCAGCGGCGCGGGGACGGAGGGGGGCAGGACACCUGGACCGGAGCUACAGCUACAGCUACUCCUGCAGCCUGGGGAAGUACUACGGCAAAGACUGCGCGGCCGAGGGCCUGGGCGCCAGCGCCAGCUCCCUGGCCAGCGAGAACCCUUACGCCACCAUCAAGGACCUGCCCACGCUCACGGCCAAGUCCCCCGAGGGCAGCUACAUGGAGAUGAAAUCCCCGGUCCGGCGGGAGAUGUCCUACGCCGAGAUCGGGCUCCUCGAGCAGGCGCCCGGCAGCACCGAGGAAGAGAUUUGCCCCGCGGGGGCAGAAGGAACCUCCACCGAGGCCACCCCGAACCACUAUGACUCCCCCAAGAACAGCCACAUCCCCAGCCACUACGACGUGCCGCCCGUCCGCCACUACCCGCCGUCCCCGCCGCUGCGGAGGAAGGACCGCUGAGGGGCCCCGGCGUCCGGGUGCCGGGCCGUGGGGACGAGGAAGCUGGGCCCGGCACGGGCCCCCCCAUGUUGGACCUCGGGCCACGGGGGGUGCGGGGCGCCGUGGCGGGGCUCGGCCCCCCGGGACUGGCCCCAAAUUGCGGGGCGCUGGCUGUAAAUAAAGGUGGUUGGUGGUGUUGUGUGAA